AUGGACUCCAAGACGUGGGGGACGCUGCUCCUGGCCGCGCUGAUGACGUCAGACUUCUGCGCCUCGAUAACCGUGGAGUGUCCGAGGAAGAGGAUUGUGGCGAUCCUGUUCCAGCCCGUCACGGUGGACUGUAAAUACCAGUCCUCGAGUCAGCGCCCUGUGGUUCUGUGGAAGUACAAGUCCUACUGCAGGGACCCAGUGCAGGCAGCGCUCAACCCCAACAGCGCCGAGAACAUCCUGGCCCAGAACAACCCCAACUACGACCCCAACAUCGAGUGCGCCGAUUCCCAACGCACGGUGCGCAAUGUGGCGUCCAAAGACGGCUCCACCGUAACCCUGGGCCCGGAGUAUCAGGGCCGCAAGAUCAGCAUCCUCAACGUGUAUGAAACCUGGGGCAGACGGCCUGACCUGUUGUCCUUGUGUUGUGUGUCAGUGCAUGCCGACCUGAACCUGGGGCAGACGGCCGUGUGUGUGUGCAGAGAGAGCCCCCCCCACAGAGAGCCCUCCCCGAGGUGUGUGCGUGCAGAGAGCCCCUCCCCCAGGUGUGUGCGUGCAGAGAGCCCCUCCCCCAGGUGUGUGCGUGCAGAGAGCCCCUCCCCCAGGUGUGUGUGUGCAGAGAGCCCUCCCCCAGGUGUGUGCGUGCAGAGAGCCCCUCCCCCAGGUGUGUGUGUGCAGAGAGCCCCUCCCCCAGGUGUGUGCGUGCAGAGAGCCCCUCCCCCAGGUGUGUGCGUGCAGAGAGCCCCUCCCCCAGGUGUGUGUGUGCAGAGAGCCCUCCCCCAGGUGUGUGCGUGCAGAGAGCCCCUCCCCCAGUGUGGUGUGUGUGCAGAGAGCCCUCCCCCAGGUGUGUGCGUGCAGAGAGCCCCUCCCCCAGGUGUGUGUGUGCAGAGAGCCCCCCUGCCCCAGGUGUGUGUGUGCAGAGAGCCCCCCUGCCCCAGGUGUGUUUGUAGACACAGGGGUGUGUGUGCGGAGAGCCCCCCCCCCUUCAAGAGAAAGUCAAAUACUACUGAUCUUCUGCCAGAAGUUGACUUACUGGUUAUGGAAGACUGGCUCCUCGUGGUCCUGGUGGUCCUGGGUUUCCUCCUGCUGCUGCUGCUCAUUGGGAUCUGUUGGUGCCAGUGCUGCCCUCACACCUGCUGCUGUUAUGUGAGCUGCCCCUGCUGCCCCGAGCGCUGCUGCUGCCCCCGCGCCUUGUAUGAAGCCGGCAAAGCGGUGAAGAAGGGCAUGGCGGGUCAGUACGCCGCCACCAUGUACGCUCCCAGUGUGUACGGGCAGCCCGCCUACAGCGGCAUGGGUCAGCCCGCCUACAGCGGCAUGGGGCAGCCCGCCAUGCCCAUGCUGCCUCUGCCCAACGGCACGGGGGCCGCGCCCCCAAACCACGGCUACGGACGCGACCACGACGGCGCCAGCUCAGUGGGACAGGGCUCCCAGGUGCCUCUGCUCCGGGACCAAGAUGGAGGAGAUCACAAGGGACUGUGGACUCCCCUCCCUGAGGAUCAGAGGGACUGUGGACCCCCCUCCCUGAGGAUCAGAGGGACUGUGGGACCCCCCUCCCUGAGGAUCAGAGGGACUGUGGACCCCCUCCCUGAGGAUCAGAGGGACUGUGGACCCCCCUCCCUGAGGAUCAGAGGGACUGUGGACUCCCCCUCCCUGUGGACUGUGGACCCCCCUCCCAUGAGGAUCAGAGGGACUGUGGACACCCCUCCCUGA